AUGGGAUAUCUUGACGACUACGUGAUAAUUGUGACUGGCAGCUCUUCGGGGAUUGGACUAGUAACGGCCACAAUUGCCCUGAACGAGGGAGCUCGAGUGCUUGGAGUCGAUGUUUCACCUGCAUCAGAGUCAAUUUUGGAUAAUGACAACUUCAAAUUUUUUCAGUGCGAUCUCUGCCAUGAGUCUGCACCCGAUCAGAUUAUCGAGAACUGUGCUGAGGCUUUCGGACGGCGAGUGGACGGAUUACUAAACAUUGCUGGAGUGAUGGAUUUGAAUCAAAGUGUAGACAGUGUCUCAGACGCCAUGUGGGAGCGCUGUAUAGCCAUCAACUUGACCGCACCCGUGAAGCUGAUGCGAGCAGUUAUUCCCAUCAUGAGAGAGCAGAGAAGUGGAAGCAUCGUGAAUGUUUGCAGCAAGGCCGCUUUGAGUGGCGCUGUAUCUGGUGUUGCAUAUACAGCAAGUGAGCGUUACAUUCUUCUUCUCUUUGAGAUAUGCAACCUACUUAAAAGCUAA